AUGCCGCUCAUGCUGGACAACACCGUGCCCGUGGAUCUAAACGAUGUUGACGAUCUAUUUGGCGACGGCGUCGGCUUGUCGCUCCCGGACAGAGGCCAUGAUAGGUCGCUUGCACUCAAGCUUGAUGACGUGAGAAGUCGUGGCUGCUGCCAGACUGUUGCCUGGUCCAAGUCCGGGACGAUUGCAACUAUCACGCCCGAUGGCCAGUACCUGCAGCUCCGCUUCUUGCGGUGCAAUCCGGUCAACGGCUCCUGGGACCUCAGCCAGCCGACGACAUGUGAAUUGAUCAGGGGAUCUCAGGGCAUUCCCCUCGUUCACUUGGAGUGGGGUUCGGCCAAUAUCCCCGAGCUUGCUAUUAUCGACGCCGUCGGGAGAGUGGUUAUUGUUAGCUUCUCGAUAUCUCUUAACCACCCGUUCAUUACUCGGAAGUAUGACACCGAUAGCAUCGACGAUGCGAAUGCCGUGGUUGGCGCGCACUGGUUGGCGGUAGCACCGCCUAAUCAGCAGAAACCGUAUAAUGUGCUGUAUGGGCCAGCGAUAAAAAAUGGCAACUACUACCACUACGAAAGCUCCUUUAUCCACGCUGGCGGGCCGAGUCACCCCCAUUCAUCCAAGAGUGCCCUGUUCUGCGUCACAAUCAGUGGUAUGCUGAAGAUGUUUUGGUCUCAAAACAACAAUCGAAUGGAAGAGACCACGAUGGAGCUUGAGAGUGUCAACUCGUUGGAUGAGCUGGUCACGCAUGCGUCCAUUGCCUCUGACAGAAGACAUCUGCUCGUUGCCGUUGCAACCUCGUCGAAGCAGCUAAGGCUGCUCAAGAUUGAGAUUCAAUGGGGCGGUCCUGGUUCGCAGCCAGACAAGAACCCUCUACCCCAGAACGCUCGACUGAGUCCUUCGCUUGUCGAAAAGCAUCUCGCCGCCACGACAUGGUUGCAGACGGGGGCCGGGCAUGCCAAUAACGACGCUUCGAUGGCCGAGCUGUCUCACUUACACGUUCUUCCUUCCAUCAUGGACAAUACGGGAAAGAGCACCGUCCCACCCAUGAUCGUCGCCAUCAGGACGCGCGCGCCCACUGCUGCAUCAUUUCAGACAGCCCAGACCGUUAUUGACCGCUGGGAAGCAGUAGUUGAGCCACGGCCCAACGUUCACCCGGCUUUUGAGCAGCUGGGAAUCCGGAGGAACAGCGACAUCCCUGAGCAGCCGAAACAUACGCGGCUGCGACAGCUGGACCCAAUUGUGAUCAACAAAGUGCUGGUCGGCUUCCAGUCUGUCCAGUUCGGAAAAGUCUUGGUACUAACCAUGUCUGAUGGCACCGUGGAAUACCGAGAUCGGUUUACAUUUGAAGAAGUCUACACGACAGAAGACCCCAACAGGGUCAUGAACUUACACCACGCCGGCUGGGUGUCCGACGAUGGGGUGGUCAAAUGGCGCAAGCUGCAUUAUCCGCAUGGCGACAUUGGCGACUCUUACCAAGACGUCCAUUACGGCGCCACAAUGGCGGGCCUGACGGUGACGGCCUCACCUGCCUUGUGGCACCAGGUAAACUACGAUGACCUGCUGGCCAUUGUCGCGCCGUACACGUCCAAGAAGCGGUUUAUCCACGACUGGAUCAUUGAGAUAACCAAGGUGCUCAAGAUUCAGGUCGACUACUCCGAGGAAACCCACCAUGACUCUCUGAUGAGAAAUCUUCCGCUUCAAUGCUGCCUGAGCAUCAUGAAUAGCCUAGGAUUCAAGGGAGAGAUGAAUCCGAGGUCGUUCCAGGGCAAGUUCUCGAUGAUUGACCUCCAUGUGCGCAACGUGGUUGUCCUCAUCACCCUCGCGAUUAACACGCCAGUGACGGUGAGAGAGAAGAUGAGCCCCAUGGAUGAACCUGAGGUUGUAGAAGCAGUAGCAGGCUGUGCCAAGUGGUCUCUGGAUCUGCUGGCGUGGCUCACCGACAGCCUAUUCACACUCAUGAACGACAGCGAGUUUAUGGCGCGGUUGGAACCUAAGCGGUUUGCGGAGGUGACACCAUACCUGCACACGCUCAACGACGUAUCCCUCCAUCUCCUGCUCUCCUCCUCCAGCAGAAGCUUUUUGCUCUGUGUGUGCCGGAGGAUUGCCCAUCUGCAGUCGAUGAGCGAACGAGCCAUAGAGUUUUACCGAUCGCAAUCGGCAACCAUUGACCAAGCGGGCCAUCCGAAGAUACAAAACCUUCCGCUCCAGCAAGCAUAUCAGAAGAUGCAGCAAAUCACUGCAGCCAGCCUGGUCAAAGUGGGCGACUUUGAGAAGUUGCUGAACACGCUCGGCGCGGACAUCCGGCAGAUCUAUCAGGCGGUCCUCCCAAAUCUCGUGAAGCAUCAGAACAAUGCCACCCAAGGGAAGCAAAUCGACCUGGCUGUCAAGUCGGCGCAGAGCCAGCUGGAGCUCAACAUCCUGUUGGCGGCAAAUCCGCCGUCUCCUUUCUUACCGGUCAUCAAGAAGUUCUUCAGCAAAGACCUGCCUGCAUUCCGGAGCCACACUGAUCCUGCGAAGCUCUACUUUGCAAACUACGACCUCCUCGGCGUCCAGGACGACAAGUCAAGCUUGAGGGCCAGGGAGGCGAGGCACGUCUACGUCGACUUGUUCAAAAAGACGGAGAUGAAGCUCGGGAACCAGCAGUGGAGGAGAUGCACGCGUUGCGCGUCGGUAAUGGAAGACGUGUUUGGGACCCGUGCCGGCUUUACCUUUGUCCUGGGGCAACAGCGCAAAUGCGCCUGCGGUGGUCUAUGGGCAUUGCUGCCAAGGGGGAAGCUGCUCUUGUGA